AACAAAAUCCUUGGAGCGCACCCUGCGAGUCGCUCACGCCACCGCCGACCGCGAAAGGAGCAGAGUUAGCGAGCUGGUUCUUAGCCUGCAGCAGCGCAUUCCUGCGUCUCCGGGCAGCGCGUCCUGGGGUCGGCCCCGCCCGCCCGACGAUCGCCGACCGCCCUCGCGGCUCCCUGCCACCCUCUCGCGGGCGUGCUCUGGGUGGGGCCUCGCGGCGGCGGUGAUGAGGCGGGUGCGCUGGGCGGGUGAGGCGAGCCGGCUGGGCGGCGCGCCCGGGCAGCCCGAGCCGCGCGCCGCGUCGCUGUAAUCGGACACCCGAGCGCUCGCCCCCGGUGCCCGGCCACUUUCCAUUCACUCCGAGGUGCUUGAUUGAGCGACGCGGAGUAGGGCUCCGGGUGCCGCGGCACUGCGACGCUGAGGAUUCCUUUACAAAGAAACUCAGGGGACCGGGAAGAAAGAAUUUCACCGCUGGGACGCUCUAGAAAUUAAGGUCUUCUGGGAAAAAGACUAGAGAGACACGCGGAGCCACACCGGUAGCAAAUUGAUGACUUGUACGUGCUGAUCUCUUCCCAUCUCGGUACUUUCCCUUGGAUAUUAACUUGCCAAUCUGAAGAAAUGGCAUUCCGGGCAAUUUUCGUGUUGGUUGGAGUAUUUGUUUGUUCUAUCUGUGUAAAAGGAUCGUCCCAGCCCCAAGCAAGAGUUUAUUUAACAUUUGAUGAGCUUCGAGAAACCAAGACCUCUGAAUACUUCAGCCUGUCCCACCACCCUUUAGACUACAGGAUAUUAUUAAUGGAUGAAGAUCAGGACCGGAUAUAUGUGGGCAGCAAAGAUCACAUUCUUUCCUUGAAUAUUAACAAUAUAAGUCAAGAACCUUUGAGUGUUUUCUGGCCGGCAUCUGCAAUCAAAGUCGAAGAGUGCAAGAUGGCUGGCAAAGAUCCCACACAUGGCUGUGGGAACUUCGUCCGUGUAAUUCAGGCUUUCAACCGCACUCACUUGUAUGUUUGUGGGAGUGGUGCUUUCAGCCCUGUGUGUACUUAUUUGAAUCGAGGGAGGAGAUCAGAGGACCAAGUUUUUGUGAUUGACUCCAAGUGUGAAUCCGGAAAAGGACGCUGCUCCUUCAACCCCAAUGUGAACACAGUGUCUGUUAUGAUCAAUGAGGAGCUUUUCUCUGGAAUGUAUAUAGAUUUCAUGGGCACAGAUGCUGCUAUUUUUCGAAGUUUAACCAAGAGGAAUGCAGUCAGAACUGAUCAACACAAUUCCAAAUGGCUAAGUGAACCUAUGUUUGUGGAUGCACAUGUCAUCCCAGAUGGCACAGAUCCAAAUGAUGCUAAGGUGUACUUCUUCUUCAAAGAGAAACUGACUGACAAUAGCAGAAGCACAAAACAGAUUCAUUCCAUGAUUGCUAGAAUAUGUCCUAAUGACACUGGGGGACUGCGUAGCCUUGUCAACAAGUGGACGACCUUCUUGAAAGCGAGGCUGGUGUGCUCUGUAACUGAUGAAGACGGCCCAGAAACACACUUCGAUGAAUUAGAGGAUGUGUUUCUGCUGGAAACUGAUAACCCAAGGACAACACUAGUAUAUGGCAUUUUUACAACAUCAAGCUCAGUUUUUAAAGGAUCAGCAGUGUGUGUGUAUCAUUUAUCUGAUAUACAGACUGUGUUUAAUGGGCCCUUCGCGCACAAAGAAGGGCCCAAUCAUCAGCUGAUUUCCUAUCAGGGUAGAAUUCCGUAUCCUCGCCCUGGAACUUGCCCAGGAGGAGCAUUUACACCCAAUAUGCGGACCACUAAGGAAUUCCCAGAUGAUGUUGUCACUUUUAUCCGGAACCAUCCUCUCAUGUACAAUUCUGUCUACCCAGUCCACAGAAGGCCUUUGAUUGUUCGUAUAGGCACUGACUACAAGUACACAAAGAUAGCUGUGGAUCGAGUAAAUGCUGCUGAUGGUAGAUACCAUGUCCUGUUUCUCGGCACAGAUCGAGGCACUGUGCAGAAGGUGGUGGUUCUUCCUGCUAACGGCUCCGCCAGGGGUGAGCUCAUUCUGGAGGAGUUAGAAGUCUUUAAGAAUCGUGCUCCUAUAACAACAAUGAAAAUUUCAUCCAAAAAGCAACAGUUGUAUGUGAGCUCCAAUGAAGGGAUUUCCCAAGUGUCUCUGCAUCGCUGCCACAUCUACGGUACAGCCUGUGCUGACUGCUGCCUGGCAAGGGACCCUUACUGUGCAUGGGAUGGCCAUUCUUGCUCUAGGUUCUACCCAACUGGGAAGCGGAGGAGCCGAAGACAAGACGUGAGGCAUGGAAAUCCAUUGACUCAGUGCAGAGGAUUUAAUCUAAAAGCAUAUAGAAAUGCAGCUGAAAUUGUUCAGUAUGGAGUAAAAAAUAACACCACUUUCCUUGAGUGUGCCCCGAAGUCUCCACAGGCAUCUAUCAAGUGGCUGUUACAGAAAGACAAAGACAGGAGGAAAGAGGUCAAGCUGAAUGAACGAAUCAUAGCCACUUCACAAGGACUUCUAAUCCGCUCUGUUCAAGAUUCUGACCAAGGACUGUAUCACUGCAUUGCAACAGAGAACAGCUUCAAGCAGACCAUAGCCAAGAUCAACUUUAAAGUUUUAGAUUCUGAAAUGGUGGCUGUUGUGACAGACAAAUGGUCCCCAUGGACCUGGGCCAGCUCUGUGAGGGCUUUACCCUUCCACCCAAAGGACAUCAUGGGGGCAUUCAGCCACUCAGAAAUGCAGAUGAUUAAUCAGUACUGCAAAGACACUCGGCAGCAACAUCAACAAGAAGAAUCUCAGAAGAUAAGAGGGGACUAUGGCAAGUUAAAAGCUCUCAUCAAUAGCCGGAAAAGUAGAAACAGGAGGAAUCAGUUGCCAGAGUCAUAAUAUUCUCUUACUUGGGGCUUAUGCUUCCAGUAAAGAAUAGUCUGUCUUCAAUGAUCAAAUUCUGAGCAAAGAACCUUGUGCUUUACCCAUGGGAAAUUCCUGAGAAAGGUGUUACUCACUCCUCAAGUGAGUAUUACAUGAACUGAAAUGAGCAUGCAUUUUCUUGUAUGAUAUUGACUAGCACUAGACAUGUCAUGGUCCUCAUGGUGCAUAUAAAUAUUUAACUUAACCCAGAUUUUAUUUAUAUCUUUAUUUACUUUUCCUUCAAAAUCAGUAUGGCGGCUAUGAAACUAAAAUUCUUACAUCCCUUAAUUGAAUGAGGGCUAUAACCCCGUGAUCUUCCUUCCUUGCUUUACGGGUUUAGAUUUGGAAUUGCCAGUAAUUUUAUAUAUGGAAACAAAUGCCAAGUUCACAACUUUUACAUUGUAAAAGUUGUAUAAAUACAUGUAAUAGAGUAGGGCUGUCAAAAGAAAUGUAGAAUAGAUACAAGUCAAGGAAGAGGGCAUCUAAAAGUUGUAUAAAACAUGAGUGAUUCAUACAGAAAAAUGAACAGUUUAUAUACUUACAGUGAAAUAUAUUAAUUUUUUUAUUGUAAAAACGGUCAGUUGCUGAUAUCUGCUAUUGAUCUUUGUUUCCUUGUUUUAGGAAGAUAAAAUGAAUGAUCCUCACCAUAAACAUCUUUGAUUAGAGUUAUGUCAGUGAAACAUUUAAGUUUAUAUUCUUAUGCUAUCAUCUUCCAAACAAAAGCACUUUUUUUGGAAGUUAUUUAAGUUAUUAUAGACUCAGAGAAUAUAAUCUUACACUGUUUAAUUAAUUACUGUAUUCUAAUUUUCUAGUCUGUGUGGCAAAGUAAACACUAUAUGAAGAAAAAAUGAAAUAUCAAAUUUGUAUAUGAGAGGUGAAACUAUCAAAAUGGGGAAAAAUAAAGUAAGAAAUACAAUUUUAUUAAAAGCUGUUUAUAAAAAAUGUGACUAGUUUUUACCAUCAGUGAUUAAUUUCAAUAAUUAAUUCUCACAUUUUUUUGGUUUACCAACCUCAGAUAUCAUACGAUUUUUAAGUCACCAGUUCAUUUUUUUAAAAUAAUCUUUAGUAUGUGCUGGAGAAGUGCUCAUUUUGUGAACAAAUGAAAAAAAUUUGAAUAUGAACAAAAAUAGACAUACUUUCUUUUAAAAGAAUGCUGGUGCAUUAGGUUCCCUGGUAUAUAAAUACAAAUGUGGUAAGUUUUGUAAUGAAUAAAAUAAUUUUCUUCUAACUGUAUGUUUGGGUCAUUUCAUUAGAAAAAUUUAUUAUUGAACCUUUUAUUCCAAAUAACAAUUAGAUGGGAGAAAUAUGAAAAAUCUCUUUAUCCUGUUAUAUUUCCUUUAAAAACACAAAUUUGCCUUUUCAUUUUAUUUACUUGUAAAGAAAUUUUCAUGUUUCCAGGUACAAAUAGAAAUUGCAUCAUAGACCUAUUCAAAAUCUAGUACAAAAUUUUAUUUGGAGUUAACAGUCCACAAAGAAGGUAAGGUAGACUUAUUACUUUCUUAAGCACCACAGAAUAAAAGCUUCAAGAACUAAACCAUUAUCAAAAUGAAUGCAAUCAUUGAUCAGAAUUUGAGAAUAUGAUUUAUUAUUUAAGAGGUGGUAAAUUAUGAUAUUAUAAGAGGAGGCCUCAGUGGGGGCAAACAUAGCAGUUAAAAUACACAACAUAAAUAAUGUUCAUUCAAAAAUAAGCUAAUAAAUAAAAGCUAUUCUUCCAAAUGUGUAUGAUUCUGAAGUAUUCUGUAAAGCAGUUCAUUAUACAAAUAUUUUGCCUGCUAUGUGCAUAAAUAGAAAUGUGUGUCAAUGGAAGGCCAAAACCAUCUUCAGUGUUUAUGGCCAAUCUAUUCUAUGUACAGAGUUUAAAGUAAAAUUGUUUUAGAGUCAGAAGAUAGGGUAAACUACACAGGUCCCCUUGCUUCAUGUAAACACAAACUGAUAGACAAUGAGGGUAUUUAGUUUUUUAAUAUUAUUUGUGCUAUUUAAUACCUUCUCCUUUGAACAUUAUUCAAUUGUAUAUACUUUUAUUACUUUUGUUUUAAAAUUAUAGAAAUUCUUCAACAUAACUGCCAAAUGUAAAGAAAAUUUUCUUUCUCCAAAAUAAUGUCAACGUAUACUGAAUAUUGGUGGUUAACUAGUUUUAUUUUGUGUAGUUUGACAUUUUGAUGACUUAAUAUGUUUUCCAUUUGUAUUGUACAUAAAAUUUCCUAGGAAUGCACUUUUUUUCAAAGUGUAGGUUUGUGGAUAGAUUUUAGCAUGAUGAAACUGUCAUUACGGUGAAUGUUCACUCUGUGAGAAAAUAAACUAAAUGUAGUUAGUACAUUGAUAUUUAAUUGGAUAUUGAAGAAAUCAUUUGCCUGGCAAAAUAAAACAUGUUGAAUUCCCCAA